UUGUUUCCCUCCAUCUCUGCCUUUCCCUCAGUGCUCGGACGUUGCGUUAAGGUGAGCAUCCGAGUCCCGCUCUUGGGGAAAUUCGAGGAAAGUCAGACGACAUAUACACCUUCAAGGGACAGUGUAAGAAUUUGAAUCGAGACGACAGACAUUUCGCCGCCUGUGUGCAGUUGUUUCGAAACUACAGUAAAAUGGAUCCAAUGACUCAGUCCGCCCAGAUAUCAUCGUCACAAGGGUUUGCCGAUGGGCAAAAUUCUGCUGCCAAAGAAUCAAAGCUAUCCGAUUCCUUUCUUUCCUCUUCGCCUGUAUCUCUCAUUCAGUCUCCUCAAGACAAAAGAGUCGUCCUGGGCUCCGAGAAGCCCUCAAGCGAAGGUGUAGCGACAUCCCUUCGCUUUCCUUCACAACCUGGUUCAUUCACACCUGGUCAUUAUGGGAGUGAAGCAGGGCCACCAGAUGGACAACCAGAUUCACCAAUAAAGACAUCUCCUGUUUCAGAGAGAAUAAAGGCACUGGAAGCCCUUGCUGCCAAAAAGAAGGAACCUGAUUUUAGAAGCGAUGGAGGUUUCUCUCACUUCAGAGAUCGCCACUAUGAAAAAUCUUCUACUGAGUCCCAAAAAUCUCCAACUGAGUCCCAAAAAUCUCCAACUGAGUCCCAAAAAUCUCCAACUAAGUUCCAAAAAUUUCCCACUGAGUCCCAAAAAUCUUCUACCGAGUCCCAAAAAUCUCCCACAUCUCCCACCGAGUCACAAAAAUCUCCCACCGAGUCCCAAAAAUCUUCUACCGAGUCCCAAAAAUCUCCCACAUCUCCCACCGAGUCCCAAAAAUCUCCCACUGAGACCCAAAAAUCUCCCACCGAGACCCAAAAAUCUCCUGUAAAAAUUGUGCCAACUGUAGAGAAAAAAGGGGGUUCUGUUGAUCAGGAGUCACCGGAAUCCCCAUUUGAGGUUCUUGGAGAUUUAAGACAAGUGAAUGAAUUUGAAGAAACAGAAGAGUGGAUGAAGGCUCAUUUACCUCCAGUGCCAGACUUUGAUGCUGCAGAUUUAAUUAAAGGCACCCUGACUUCAGACAAUCUUACAUCAAAGGAGGAGAAGGAGACUGAAAUAGUUAUACCUGAUGCUCCUGCUGCCUUUGCUGGUGUCCCUGAUGCUUUCAUGGAUUCUCCUAUUCAAACUUCAGAGCAGAAGGAUGAGUUCAGUGAUGCACAGAAGCAGCCAAGUGUUGAGGAGGAGUCUGAGUUCGACCUUAGUUUUUUGCCAACAGCCUACAUGUGGGAUCAGCAGGAAAAAUCAGGUGUCCAAACUCAAGCUAGUCUCGAUUCAGAACUUCCAGCUUCAUCUGCAACUCCUGCAGGCUUUGACUCUUCAUCUCCUCCUGUUUCCCCACCAGUUGACACAAACGCUAAACAGAAUGUUUCAGAUGACAAGAAGACCACUUGGACUCGAGAUCUGGAGGCCCCAGAGGUUAGUGAAGCAGACAGCUCAGGAGAGUCAGAUGAUACUGUCAUUGAAGAGGGUGUCACUGUUACUGCACCUGUUCCCCUUCCAUCUUCUGAUCCAUCAUUUUCAAAUGACCCUACGACUACCCCUGCCUCUGCAGCUCCUGAACUUCCCACUGAGGAAAAGGAAACCCCUCCACCAAAGUCUGAGAGGAAGCUAAUGCAGGUUCCAACAAUCAAUGUUAUUGAGACAGAUGAGCCAAAUUACAGUGAUGAGGAGAUGGAAAUGGAGCUUGAAGCAGAGGAAGAUGAGGAUUAUGGAGGUGUAAAAGACACAGCCAGAGAGGCUACAAAAACUCCAGAGCCAGAGGACAGUAAAAAUGAACCACCCAAGACACGCCCCUUAGAAACUGAAUUCAUGGAAGGCUACUCUCCUCCAUCCUCCCCGGUGGACUCUGAUGUUGAAUACUCUCCCAAACACAAGAUACUAAAAUCUCUUCCAGAAACAGUCCACCAGGAAUCUACAUCCCAGCCUGAAGCCUUACCCAGUCCCAAUAUUUCAAAGGACUCAGCAUCCGACUUUUCCCAAGCACAGUCGAAUAAGGUAAAUGAUGAACCCUCCCCAUUCACAAAUGAAGAAGUGGACUUUCCAGACAAUGAGGACGAAUGGUCAGAUGAAGCACAAGAUGUUGAGGUCAAACCUUGCAGGACUGAUCUUUUGUCCAAGGAACCAGUUCCUUUCGCCCAAUCUAAAAUGGAUGAAAAGAGCAUUGCAGCUGUAAAAGAGACUUAUAUGGAGACACCUUCCUUUUCUAAAUCCAGCUUCAUGCAAGACGAUAUAUAUGACAGACAAUCAUUUGAUUAUGAUUAUGAUGCAUCCUCAUCCCUGGAUGACAUUGAUGACAAAGUGCGAAACAAUGCUAAGGAGCGGUUUCUUUCUGAUCCAUCUGAUAUCAACAUUGAAACACUGAAUACAAGCACUGCACAAAAUGAUGUUCCAGAGGGCAUUCAAAAUCUAGAUGACUUUACUUCACUGAAUGAUGGUGAAAGACUGAGCAGCAUCAAUGAACAAGAUCUCAAUAAGAAAAUGACCACUGACAUCAUUUCAGAUAACAUGGCAAAUGGAAACUCCGUCCCAGCACAGACAGUUGGCUCAAAGAUCGUGCAGGACACUGAAGCAGGUCACCAAGCACCUGAUGCAACAAGAAACCCAGAAAGCAUUGACCCUGACAGGUCAGAUUCAGAGCCCACAGAUAGCUUUGUGGAGUUCAUGAGAGAGUGCCUAAAAUCUAGGCAGGAUGAAGAACCUGACAAUGAUCACCAAAAUGUUCCCUCUGAGACUGAAUUCUCCAAAACUAGUUGGCCUCCCUCCCAGUCCCCUCCAACCAUGGUGAUGGAUCUCGAACAAGAACAACUUACCAUAAGUGCUCUUAAAGAGCUGGGCAGCAGUCAAGAGGAAGAAGAGGAGGAAAUGGUGUCUCUCCAGCCUGUGGUUCCUGACCAGGAGAAAGCUAACCCCAAUGCUACAUCUACACAGCAGUCCUCCUUUACCUCAGUUCCUAACCCUCCAAGUUCCCAAAGUGACCAUGUAUUCGACAGCACGUAUUCCAAAGAAGUGGAAGCCAUCGACGAAUGGGUAGCUGAAGCCUAUCAUCUUGCUGAGCAUGUCUUGACAGCAAUACUAACCCACUUAUCAGUCAAGGAUCUGAUCCACUGGCGAGACCCCAAGAAGUCGGGCUUGGUGUUCGGUCUGUCCAUGCUGCUGCUGCUGUCGCUUGCGGCCUUCAGCGUCAUCAGUGUGGUCUCCUACCUGCUGCUGGCCCUGCUCUGUGUCACCAUCACCUUCCGCAUCUACAAGUCUGUGGUCCAGGCCGUGCAAAAGUCUACCGAGGGACACCCCUUCAAAACCCUCAUAGAUAAGGAUGUUAGCAUCCCCCCAGAGACUUUCCGCAAGCACGUGGACGCCAGUCUGACCUACAUCAACCGAGCCCUGAAGCAAAUGAGCCGCCUCUUUCUGGUUGAGGACCUUGUGGACUCCCUAAAGCUGGCUGUGGUCAUGUGGCUGAUGACCUACGUAGGAGCCGUCUUCAAUGGAAUCACCAUCCUCAUCCUCGCCAACAUUCUGCUCUUCGCUGUGCCUCCAGUCUACGAGAAGAACAAGACCCAGAUUGAUCAGUACAUCGACGUGGCACGUACUCAAGUCAACACCACAAUCGCCAAGUUGCAAGAGAAACUGCCCGGAGCUGUGAAGCGCAGCAAAGCUGAAUGAUCAGCCCCCCCCUCCAUUAGAAGCCUCCACAUCACCAUCAUCCUCAUCUCCAUCACCAUCUUAAACCCUCUUACCUCCCCCCUACCCCUCUCCAGUUAACCCCGCCCCCAGUCUAACUGCCCCUCCCUACUCCAUCUACCAUCACCACCCUACUACACUGAACCUUGCUAGGUAGAAAAUCUCUGAGCUACUCGAUAUUCAAUGUAAAACUACUGCGCAGCUUAACUUGCAAGCAUUAGAAAAGAACUGUGCCUGUGCAGACAGGAAGCGCAUCGCUAGCGAGGAAGUGAUGUAACGCCGCGCCCGGACCCCGCCUGUCUGUGGGCGUCGCCACAGGGGAAUGGAGGCAGGGUCGAGUGAACUAGACUGAAUCUAUGACCUGGUUUUCGUCAUGUACAGCGAGCAGGGGGUGGACGAUGGCUGUUUAUGUCACCAAAAAGCAAAUGUCUGUACUUAAAACCACAUUUCCAUGAACGUAAAAGGAUCAUUUAAGAUGGAGACGUUAAAGAAAAACAAAAAUGUAAAAUAAAGACGAAAAAAAAAAGAAAAAAAUGGAAUAAAGCAACCUUUUGGGUGUUAUUGUUGAUAGUCUUAUCCUGCUCUCGUGCUCUCCGGCUGUUGUAUGGAUAGAUAUGAGUUCAUUUUUAGGAGCUGGUCAAUGGGUUUGCUGUUAUUGAUUGGCCUGUUUUUGAGUUUGUUUCCAUUCACCUUACAGGCACUUGUGUAUGUAAGUUUCUGCAAUGCACUGAACUUUUAUUUUUCAGACCUUUUUGAGCAGGUUGAAAUAAAAGGAUUGGAACACUGAGCCAGCUGUGAUAAUUUGGUCUAGUUCACCCUCUUCUGGAACAGUUACCUGUUUGUAUAUAUACACCUGAGGACGACCACAGGCUCUCUGCUGUAUGGAACAUGUUAGCCUCGCUUUUUAUAUCAAAGAAACGUUCCCUCACUCACAGCAGUCCUAACUCCUUUUUGUUCAAGCCACAAAGUGUUGAGACUUCACAUUUUCACUUGUAAAUUUUGAUUAUUCUUAUCACUACUUAUUACUAUUAUUGAUAUUAAUUAGGAUGGCUGCUUUGACUCCCUACUAGCUUGACAACAGCUUUGUAAGACUUCCAUUAGUGUCAUUGAGCUUCAUCAUUUGAAAGUGAAGGUUUGAUAGGUUGAAAAAAUACUCUCUGAUGUGUUAUCCCCCCGAAAUCACCAAAAUGUCCUCCCAGCGUAAAAGUAUGAAGUCUAGAGUGUGCCAAGACCUUUUUACAUUAUCAUUUGACAAAAAACACAAUGUCAACUUACUGUUUUUUUCCAGAGCUUUGAAAUAGUGACAGAGUUGACAGCUCUUACAAAAGUUUUUAUAUCAAAUGACUUCCAAGGUCCCAAAAUACCCCAAAAAUAUUAUUUAAAAAAAUGUCUUUAAGUUGAAGAAUUUAAAAUGGAAUCACAAAUGUUUUAUGUUAUUUUAUGGAAGUCAAGCCAAUCGAAACUCCUGUUGCUCCUAUAUGGGCGGGUCUUGAAUCAAGAUAAUUAUUUUGGCACAGUUUAAAUUCCAUACGAAGCUCAGCAGUGAGCUGAGGUAUUUUGGAGGUCAGGGGUUAGAGGGUGAUAUUUUGGAGAGUGGUUAUUAUAGAGCUCUGUGUUUGUCACUUUGUUUUUCUCUGACGGCCAUGAAGCGCAUGUCAUAGUAUAAACUGGAGAGACUUUCACCCUUUCUAUAGGCUGUAUCAUAUUUUGACCCUGACUUUUGUUUGAUAUGAUUAUUACUUGUGAUUGUUUCAAUGGUGUUUUUGAAUUCAGUAAAAAAACAAAAAAACAGUCAUAUGUUAGCGCUAAUGCUACAUCUCCAUAUUGUUUUAAGGGAUGAGUUUGUAGAAGGAAAUUAAAUUACCAGUAUGUUAGUGUUGCUUUCAAUUUCCAGUACAUGUCCCCUGAAUACUGAAUGAACAACAGUGGAGGAUCCUCCUUCACUGCCUCUCAAUGCAGUAACGCCUCAGACUACUCAGACAUCCUCCUGUGUGCUGAAUGUUUUCUCUGGUGGAACAUUCCUCUCCAUGCAUGCCCUCUGCUGUGUGUCUCCCUGAUCACCUCACACACACACACACACACACACACACAUACACACACAUGUCCUGCUUAACUCCUCAUGCACGGUGUCUCGCUCGGCCUCUGGGUCGUUCAAACCAAAAUGCAACGAUCCCGUCCGAGAUGCUAGCAGUUAGCAUCCGUGCAGCCUCCACAGGCGCUAAGGAAGUAGAUUGCGAGUGUGAAAAGGGGGAAUCGGGCCUGAAUGCAGACACUGAUAAUGUUAUUAUGCAUCCUGUUUAUUUAUUUGAAUGUGAGGAAGUUGCAUAUUGUAGCUUUUAAAAGUCUACGUUUGCAAACCACUGGAAAACAUUUGUGUGAAAUGUUUGGUUUAUUUAAAGGGACAGUUUAAUCAAAUUAUAAACAUUAUCUCUGGCUGUUUUCCAGAAUUCAGACAAUUGUAGUUACAUUUGUAACUUUUGCUUUCGCCUUGAAAACAGUAGAGGUAAAUAGAUUUCGUCACAAAUUUUUUUUUUUUAAAUCCAGAAUUUUCCAAAAUCUUUGUCCUUGUUUUUCUGGAUAAACAGUUUUUUGAGGGACUUUUUCUUCUGUAUAAAAUGGCUCCAAGGAAAACUUAAACUUGCACUGUAUUACAGUGGGGGUGAAAAUCUCUGAGGCCCUGAAUUUAAUCUGAAAACUGAGGUGAAUGAGACAAAAGUUAGAAAUGUAAACGCAGUGGAAGAAGAAAAUAGAACCAAAUCUAUCUGUGGGUUAGAAACCAGUGGAAAGUGUGUUUUGUAAUUUGGGUUGAAUCGUCCCUUUAAUGUUCAAGCUGUCAGUCUGACCUCACCCCACAAGUGUUGUGCUAUAACAGCUAACUAUGCUAAUUAUGCACUGCACCUUUAAGUGAAACUUCAGUUCAGGAAAGGCCGUGUUACCUACGUUAGCGUGCGACCAAGGCUAAAUAGAUCACUGCUACUCAGAGUCGUAGUUAGCUUAUUUCUUUAGAGUGUAAUAUAUAAUAUGAAUAAAACAUGACACGUUUGAACCUGUUCCCUCACAGCAUGUUGCUUUUCUCCUCUUCCUGUUUGUCCCUCUGUGUUUUCAUCGGUGUGGGAGUGUGUGGCAGGAGUGUAUUUGACUUUGUCUCUGGGGAGUCUUGUUUUGCUUUUUGACUCUUUACUGGUAUCUAGACGUUGUUCACUAACAUCAGCUUUGUUUUGUAUUAGCUAUGACUUUGGUUCCAAUUUUUGAAGCUUUGGGAAAGAUGUUGCAGGAAAAAAAGAAAACCUGAAAAAAAAAAAAAAGUAUGUGGUCUCUGUACUGAUGUCAACGUGAAAUUAAUAAAAACACGUCAAAGGAU